AAAUUUUCGGACAAGAGAGAGAGACACGACGUAUCUGCACCAUCUGUUUUCCUCUCUCCUCAAUAUUCUAAAGCUGGAAGCUUUUUUUUUUUUUCUUUCUAAUUUCUCUUCUGAAAGAAAGAGAUUUGGAUUUGUUAUAUUCUAAUCUCCACUUUCAUCCUCUCAGUUCUAAAGUAUAAUCAAGAUCUUGUGUUCGACCCUUUAAUUUGUCUCUUUCCUUUCGUGUUCCCUGCAUUUUCCCGGGAAAAUCCGAAACAGAACAAAAAAAAAACAAAAGCUUCUGACUUUCUGAUCACCUCUAACCCAUCGUUAACGACCCAUUGUUCCUACCCUGAUUUGGCGCGAACCCUUUUGUUUCAAAUUCGGAUUCCGGUGAGAAAAAAGUUUCGGAUCAGAGCAAAAAAAAAAGAAUGACGACGACGAUGACAACAGAAGGGAUGAUGAUGGAGAUAAGUAUGGUGGAUGACAUCAUCAGAAGAUUAUUAGAAGGCAAAGGAGGCAAACAGGUCCAGCUCUCAGAGAUCGAGAUCCGUCAACUCUGCGUUAACGCCAGACAAAUCUUCCUCUCUCAGCCUAACCUCCUCGAUCUCCAUGCCCCCAUUCGCAUCUGCGGUGAUAUUCAUGGACAAUACCAAGACCUUCUCCGUCUAUUCGAAUACGGAGGCUACCCUCCUUCAGCCAACUACCUCUUCCUCGGCGACUACGUCGACAGAGGCAAGCAGAGCCUCGAGACGAUCUGCCUCCUCUUGGCUUACAAAAUCCGCUACCCGUCCAAGGUCUUCCUCCUGAGAGGCAACCACGAGGACGCGAAGAUCAACAGGAUAUACGGCUUCUACGACGAAUGCAAACGGAGGUUCAACGUCAGGCUGUGGAAGGUAUUCACCGACUGCUUCAACUGUCUGCCCGUUGCCGCCCUCAUCGACGACAAGAUCUUGUGUAUGCACGGGGGGUUGUCGCCGGAGCUGGAGAAUUUGGAGCAGAUUCGGGAGAUUCAGAGGCCUACUGAGAUUCCGGACAACGGUCUUCUUUGUGAUUUGCUUUGGUCUGAUCCGGAUCAGAAGCAUGAAGGAUGGUGUGAUAGCGAUAGAGGUAUCUCGUGUACGUUUGGAGCUGAUGUUGUCGCUGAGUUCUUGGAUAAGAAUGAUCUCGACCUCAUCUGCCGUGGCCAUCAAGUGGUGGAAGAUGGGUACGAGUUUUUCGCGAAAAGGAGAUUAGUGACGAUAUUCUCUGCUCCAAACUAUGGUGGAGAGUUUGACAAUGCAGGUGCAUUACUGAGCGUGGACCAAUCUCUUGUUUGUUCUUUUGAGAUUCUGAAACCUGCCCCAUCUUCAAGCAGUAUCCCUCUCAAGAAGGUACCUAAAAUGGGAAAGUCUUGAAACUCAAUUAAUAAAAGCUUCACAAGCUGCUAAAGCUAGGCUCUGUGCAUUUUCUUAAGAUAGGUAAAACUGCAAUGGAGAAGAGAACCUCAAGAGGCUACUUUACUUAGUCAUCAAAGAAGAAGCAUCUGUAAAA